AUUAAUUUUUUGGGAAAUAUAGAUAUUUGAGUAUUUCCAAGGUGAGGGCUAAUCUUGAAAAAUAGCUCAAUUCCAGGAUCCCAAUACGAAUCGUCCAUUUUUGUGCAAUACUGCUCUGCAUAACAAUUGUCCGGCAAACUACGAAUGCACCCUGAAUGCUCUCACACAGGAACACGUCUGCUGUGGAUCCGACAGCAUGGGAGUUUGCCCAAAUGGCGAAAAAGCGUUUGUGGAGCCGAUAACCUUGACGCCCAGACAGUGCGCAAUGGUUGCUGAUAGAAAAUGUCCAGCCGGUUAUUUAUGCCGAUUCUCGCAAAACAAUCACAAGUACUACUGCUGUGGGAGUAUCAGUGGAAGUCUGUGUCCAGCUGGUCGGGCACUGUUUCGCUACCCAACGACACAGUUACCGUUGCAGUGCCAUAUUACUCAUGGUGGAGGCGGCUGUCCUCCAUCGUAUGCCUGCCAAAGUGAUGUGCCCGGCGCCUUCCAGGGAUACUGCUGCAGCCAGCAUCCGAUUUGCCCCGGUGGAGUGAGCUAUCACCUCGAUGAAAAGACCCAAAUGCCUACCACUUGUUCCAGUGAAGGUUUCGCUUUUUGUCCGCAGGGUUUCACAUGCCAACAGCAACCCGAAACGAUGAGUUACUACUGUUGCGCUGGAAAGGACAAAGAAGGAGUAAACGACGGAUGUCCACCGGGACAGUACGCUUACAUCACCAGUGGGCAGGUGAAAAGCUGCGAUCCAUUCAACGUUGACGUGACAAAUCAGAAGUAUCAGUGCUGUGGAACACGUCCAAUUCGCCAGACAAAACCGAACAAAAUCGACGAUGGUUGCUUGCGUAAACAGUUCGCCUUACUCGACCGUCGGACGAAUAAGCCUCGAAUAUGUACAGCAGGAGAGGAAAAUUCCUGUCCCAUAGGAUUCUUCUGUCAGUUUUCGGCAAAACGAAGUCAAUUCCAGUGCUGUGGUCAGAGUGGAGGUUGUCCCGAACGCCGAGCCGCUUAUAUAGCCGUUGACGGUAACGCGCAGGAAUGCCUACCGGGGCCGGACAUGUGCGCAGAUGGUUUCGAAUGUGUUCGAAGUGUGGAAGGAAGUGGAAAGAAUAUCUGCUGCAGUAAAGAAGACAACGAAUGCUCUGAAAACGAGAAAAUGAUCAACGGGACGUGUGUGGUGCACAUGAAAAUCGGUGGCCCCUGCCAUCGAGAUGAGGAAUGCGGUGGUGGAAGCACAUGUGAAUCCAAUAUCUGCAGGUAA